CUUCCCGCUCAAGUCUCGCGUGAUGUCAAGCGAGCCGCCCUGGGAUGGCGGAAUGGCGGCCGGGCGGGCUGGGGGACGGACUGCCCGCCCAUUCGGUCAACCACCUCAGAGUGGGACUCUUCACUCACCCAGAGGGAGUCCUGCUUUACUUCAUCUCCCUGACAUUUACCGCAAGAGUCUGAUCCCGAAGGGAAAUGUAGUCAUUGGCGGUUCCUAACCAUCAGCAAUCAGCUUGAAUAAGGAAAAAGGAUUUAAAGGAAACUUUCCAAAUGGAAGUAUCUCCUUCUGGUGUGGUCAACAACAAUGAACACUGUUUCCCAAAUGGAACUAUCAAAAGAGAAUAUCUUAAACCUGAAAUGGCAAACACAGAAAACACACAGUCUUUGUCUGAAACUGGGCCUAUCAUUCAUGCUUUGGAUAAUAAAAUAACCCAAGACUGUAACCCUGAACUUCCUGAAGGAUGGAAGAGAAUAGUGAAAGAAAGAAAAACUGGGAAGUCAGCAGGAAAAUCUGAUAUUUACAUUGUAAGCCCUCAGGGGAAACUAUUUCGAUCCUCAAAGGAACUUAAAAAUUACUUUCAGAGAAGCACCAGAGAGGAAAACCUGAAGCCUGAAGACAUUAGUGUUUUCUGGCGAGGCUCUACUCGGGGAAGGAUCACCCUUGAUAAACAGACAAGUCAGCUACAGGCCACCACUCCCAUAACACAAGACUUCAACACAUUGACUGUUGACAUUCCACAAACUGUGUUGCAAGAUCCUGACAGAGAGGAAGGAUGUGAAACCGAGGGUGGUUGCAGUAAAAGGCAGAGACAGACAAAGGUUAAAAAUGCCUCAAAGCAGAAACCUAAAAAAGGUGCAAAACUGCAAAACUCUAACAGGCAGAGGUUGUGUUCAAGAAGGUUGUCUGCAAAAGCAGACCAGAAAGAACUUCCUCCAUCUGAAGAAAAGAAGCUGGGUGAUGGGACUCCACUUGAUGGAAGUCAAGAAAGUUCCAAAGCUAAGAGGAAAGCCAGUAGCAGAAAGUCUAAAGAGCAAGCAGCAGACAACAAAAAGCAGUCUCGAAAGGAGCAGGCAUUUGAAAGCAAAGGAUCACCAGAAGUACAAGUGGAAGAAGCUGAAGAAUCUGUUUCUGAAGUAUCAAAGUUUAACAGGCAGAUGGCACUGUCAAGCAAGGAGGACAGUGCUGCUGAUAGUGCGAUCUCUGGCAGAUCUGAAUUAUGCACCAGCCCUUCACAUUGUUCAGAAUCUGAAAUUCCCUCUGAAAACACUCGCAGGGACACAAGGGAAUCCAAUGGGGACAGUUUUACAUUGCUUAAAACCCAAGUAGACAAUCAACCUGCUCCAAGAGUGAAGAUGGAUAGAAGGAAGACUAGUCCAUACUUUUCCAGGAAGUAUUCCGAAGGAGCAUCCAGCCCACCACGGCGUAAAGCCUUUGCCAAGUGGAUUCCUCCUCGAUCCCCAUUCAAACUGGUCCAGGAGACUCUCUUUCAUGAUCCUUGGAAACUUCUUAUCGCAACCAUACUUCUGAAUAAAACUUCUGGUAAGAAGGCCAUUCCUGUGUUGUGGGAUUUCCUGGAAAGAUACCCUUCUGCGGAAGUUGCCCGUGUAGCUGAUUGGAAAGAAGUAGCUGCACUUCUGAAGCCACUUGGCUUAUACGAGCUGAGAGCAAAAGCUAUCACCAAGUUUUCUGAUGAAUACCUAACCAAACAAUGGAGAUAUCCGAUUGAACUGCAUGGCAUUGGGAAGUACGGGAAUGAUUCCUACAGGAUUUUCUGUGUCAAAGAAUGGAAGGAGGUGCAGCCUCAAGAUCACAAACUCAACAAGUACUGGGAAUGGCUUUGGGCAAAUCAGGAGUCAUUGGGCCUGUCCUAACCACUCACAAUACUGCUGAUUCCUCAUAAAGUGUAAUAGUUGGAAUUUGUUGCAGCCUGAUAACUCUCAGAGGUAUGAUUGAUGCACAGGCGAGAUAUGUGCAUUCUGUUUAUUACGGAAAUGCAGACCCAGCAAUUAGUACCUUGCAGUGGUGGAUAAUGAUAUUGCAUGGACCAGUGUCAAUCAUGGCAGGCCAAGUGGCAGUAGUUUUAAAAGCGCAAAAUUAGCUGAUCUUCAUCAUGUGCUCCAAUUAGUCUCAUUACGUCUUUCAAUAAGAAAAAUGAGGGUUGGGAUCAGGGAUGAAAAUGUCACCCAGAAUCCUGCAUCUCACUAUCUUAAAAUAAGUUGGAUAUUGAAUGAAAACAAGGCUGUAGAUCUGAUUUUAAAUCAGAAUUAUGUUAGCCAAACUUUCUGGCCAUAUUGCUGUUGGUUCUAUUCUCAGACAUAAUGUUCCUGAAAUACAACAUUAAAACUAAUAUUGGCACAAUGCCUUAUUGUGCAAAACAUGUGCUUCAUUGCACAAUGAUGAACUCUUAUCAUGUGGACAGUACAGUUCAUCCAUAAUGUGUUAGAUAAACUAAUCUAAGCAGCUUUUACACAAGUUCCAAGCAAUUGUACUUGGCAAUACAAACUCAGCAUUCUUUGCUCAGCCUGGAACACUUGAUGUACAUCUUUGCUCUACAGAUCAGCUAAGGGAGCAUGUGUUUAACAGUUACCACUCCUUAAAUUGCCUCAAUUAAUUUUAUAGCUUCACAGUGACAUUAAGCUGCUACUGUAACUAAUUUAAUUGAUUAUUAUACAAUAAUGUUGAGCUAGUAGUCAUCAUUUACGAAAUGCCACAGAGGAAGUAUAGUGAGAAACUAAUAAGGAGCUACAUGCAAAGGGAGAACUAUGUUUACCUCUCCUAUAAUUUGGUGUGGUGCUGCGUUGAUCAGUCUUUGCAACACGAAAUAAAUCCUGGCUUCUUUCUCCCUUGCAUGUUUCUGCCCCAACCCCCAACCUCAACCACCUUCUCCUCUAAAAAAGUUAAAGAAUUAAGCAACAUGUUGUAAUGUCCUGCUUCAUGUGCAGUACAGUACAGUACUUACUGGCAGUCUCUUCUACCGGAACAUUUUGUCUUAAUCUAUUUUCUCUCACUUCUGGAAUUCCUCUCACGGGGCAGUGUUACUUUUUCACUGCCCUUUUUUGUGACUUCAGGAAAAUUUGGGGUGGACUCCCAUCAUUGUCUGCAAGACUGGAAAUGUUAUUUUCAUUGUAUUGAGAUGUAACAACAUGAAUUAGGUUUUAGAAAUUUGAGUACGUACGUUGAAUUUCUUAUGG